UCGCAGCCUAGAUCGUUUGAAGACAAUGACAAACUUGAAAAAACUACAUAGACAAUUGACUUGUGCGUCGGAGGCAUGACCGGUCAAGAAUUGCUCAUAAUACAAAUAAAUCAUGUACUUGAAAGUAGAGUAACAACACAAAGCACCUCUCAAGCCUCAAGGUCUAGGAGAACACCCCAUUUCCAAUUCUGCUCUUGUUGAGGUUUUACAAGUAGCAAACAUACCUCAUAUGGAGCAUCUGUCCCUCCUUUUACCCUUCAUCGCCCUAGCCCUAAACCUUGCCAUCACCAUGAGCGAGGACCAGUUCGUCUAUUCGGGCUUCUCCGGCAGAAACCUCACCCUUGAUGGUGCAGCAACAGUUACAGAUGAUGGGGUUCUUGAGCUGACCAAUCGCACCGUCCACAUCAAAGGCCAUGCGUUCUACCCAACUCCAUGGCAAUUCAGGAAGACGCCCAACGGGACGGUGCAAUCCUUCUCAAUUAACUUUGUGUUUGGCAUGAUUCCUGUCUACUCUAAUGAAAAAUGUACCGAUGGCAUGACUUUCGUGAUCUCUCCAACCAGUGAUAUGUCAAGUGCUCAGGACUCCCAAUACUUGGGUCUACUCAACAAAACAUCAGAUGGAAAAGCAAGCAACCACAUUUUUGCAGUCGAGCUUGAUAGUAGCCAAAAUACCGAGUUCCACGACAUCGACGACAACCACGUUGGCAUCGACAUCAACAAUCUCACCUCAGUUCAAUCUCGGCCAGCUGGUUUCUAUAGUGAUAACAAGAGUAUCUUCAACAAUUUGUCCCUCUGUAGCUACAAGCCAAUGCAAGUAUGGGUUGACUACAACGAAGACACCACACAGAUCAAGGUGACCAUGGCUCCCAUUGAGGUAGGCAAACCAUUGAGGCCACUGUUGUCAGAAAUUCAUAACCUCUCACUUGUGCUAGAAGAACCAUCCUAUAUCGGCUUCUCAGCUUCAACUGGUCCAAUCAACACAUUAUAUUGUGUGCUCGGAUUGAGCUUGGGUAUAAACCGUCCUGCCCCAGCCAUUGACUUAUCCAAAUUACCAAAACUACCUCGUGUUAGCCCAAAACCACGGACUAAACUACUAGAGAUCAUUCUACCAAUUGCCACAGCAACAUUCAUUCUCAUAGUGGGAACCACCAUUGUUCUUUUGGUACGGAGGCGAAUGAGGUACGCUGAGCUACAUGAAGAUUGGGAGGCUGAGUUUGGGCCACACCGCUUCUCAUAUAAGGAUCUGUUUCAUGCUACAGACGGAUUUAAGAAUAGGAAUCUACUUGGUCUAGGAGGAUUUGGGAAGGUGUAUAAAGGUGUGCUUCCAACUUCUAAGUUGCAUGUUGCUGUGAAAAGGGUGUCCCAUGAUUCAAAGCAAGGAAUGAAGGAGUUUAUCGCUGAGAUUGUUAGUAUCGGCCGCCUUCGACAUCGCAAUCUCGUGCAGUUACUUGGUUAUUGCAGGAGAAAAGGUGAACUAUUAUUGGUAUAUGAAUAUAUGCCGAAUGGUAGUCUUGAUAAGUACUUGUACUGCGAAGAUAGCAAACCUACGCUUGAUUGGGCUCAGAGGUUUCAAAUCAUCAAAGGUGUUGCAUCUGGCUUGUUUUACCUUCAUGAUAGGUGGGAAAAAAUUGUCAUCCACCGUGAUGUUAAAGCAAGUAAUGUGCUCCUUGAUGGUGAAAUGAACGGUCGCCUAGGUGAUUUUGGCCUUGCAAAGUUAUAUGACCAUGGAGCAGACCCGCAAACAACGCAUGUAGUCGGUACUAUGGGAUACCUAGCUCCAGAGCUCGCACGUACCGGUAAGGCAACACCUCUAACAGAUGUGUAUGCUUUUGGCAUUUUUAUCCUUGAGGUAACAUGUGGGCAAAGACCUAUUGACAAUUAUGCAGAUGACAAUUCACAAAUGUUAAUUGAUUGUGUUGUUGAGCAUUGGCACAAAGGAUCACUCACAAACAUGCUAGACAAGCGGUUACUUGGUGACUAUGAUGCAGAUGAGGUAUGUCUUGUGUUAAAGCUGGGUUUACUGUGUGCACAUCCAUUUUGCAAAUCAAGGCCCAGUAUGCGGCAAGUCAUGCAAUACCUUGAUGGUGACAAACCACUCCCAGAGUUGAUGCCAACAAACUUGAGUUACAGCAUGUUGGCUGUAAUGCAGAACAAAGGUUUCGAGCAAUAUACAUCAUUGCCUUCCAUAGCAAGCAGCAGUGACAUAACAUCUAGCAUCUCAAGUGGAAGAUACACUCUGAACUCUGAAAAUCAUCAAUCUGGAGAGCUAAUGGGUUUCAGUGGGCAUGCAAAUGCAAAAUAUAAAGUGCCAAAUGGAGAGCAAGAUUCAGUACUAGUGAAGCUUUUCUUGCAUUUUCAUUGGGUCACUGAAGCUCAUGCUGCCAUGAAUCAUUUAUCCUAUCUUCUACAGUUCUUCUUCCUCUUCAUCUCUAAUCUUUCAGCUCUCGCCACCGGUGAAGACCAAUUCAUAUACUCUGGCUUCAAUGGUGCUAACCUCACCCUCGACGGCGUGGCCUCGGUAACACCAGAUGGCCUGCUUAAGUUGACCAACGGAACCUUACGGCUCCAAGGCCAUGCCUUUCACCCAACUCCAUUCAGUUUCAAGAAGAAACCCAAUGGAACAGUGAAUUCCUUUGCUGUCUCCUACAUAUUUGCCAUCUACUGUCUCCGGCCUGUCAUCUGCGGCCAUGGCAUAGCUUUUGUUGUUUCCGUGAGCAAAAACUUCUCAACCGCAAUGGCAAGCCAGUACCUUGGCCUUAUAAAUGACCACAACAACGGCGAUCCAACAAACCAUUUCUUCGCUAUCGAGCUCGACACGAACCAAAAUGAUGAGUUCAACGAUGUCAAUAACAACCAUGUUGGAAUCGACAUCAACAGUCUUACAUCACUGAACUCCAGCAGCGUGGGAUACUACACAGACAGUAAUGGUAACUUCAACAACAUUACACUCACUAGUUACAAGAUGAUGCAAGUGUGGCUAGAAUACAAUGGGGACAACAGACAGAUCAAUGUGACCUUAGCUCCAAUAAAAAUGGCCAAGCCUGUUAAGCCAUUACUCUCUACCUACUAUGACCUCUCAACAGUGCUCACAGACAUGGCAUAUGUUGGAUUCUCAUCAUCAACAGGCUCAUUCGUUGCGCGGCAUUAUGUGCUUGGCUGGAGUUUUGGCAUCAAUAAACCUGCACCAGCCAUUGAUAUCAGUAAGUUGCCAAAGCUACCUUAUGAAGGUGAGAAAACCCAUUCCAAGGUCUUGGAAAUCACUCUGCCAAUAGCCACAGCAACAUUUGUUCUUGCAAUGAUAGCUCUCAUCAUUCUACUCAUCCGAAGGAGAUUAAGGUAUGCUGAGAUACGAGAAGAUUGGGAAGUUGAAUUUGGGCCGCAUAGAUUCUCAUAUAAGGAUUUGUUUUGUGCUACGGAAGGAUUUAAGAACAAGAAUCUACUAGGAAUAGGAGGGUUUGGAAGGGUAUACAAGGGACUACUUCCAACGUCUAAAUUGGAGAUUGCUGUGAAGAGGAUCUCUCAUGACUCCAACCAGGGUAUGAAGGAAUUUGUUGCUGAGAUAGUCAGUAUAGGUCACCUCCAACACCGCAAUCUUGUGCAGUUACAUGGCUACUGCCGGCGAAAAAGUGAACUUAUUUUAGUGUAUGAUUAUAUGUCCAAUGGAAGUCUUGACAAGCAUUUGUAUGGUCAAGAGAACAAUUCUACUUUGACAUGGGCCCAAAGAUUCCAAAUAAUAAAAGAUAUUGCAUCUGGAUUGCUUUAUCUCCAUGAGGAAUGGGAGAAAGUAAUACUCCAUCGAGACAUCAAGCCAAGCAAUAUACUUCUCGAUGACAACAUGAAUGGACGACUAGGCGAUUUUGGCCUAGCAAGGUUAUAUGACCAUGGAACCGACCCUCAAACCACACAUGUUGUUGGUACCAUAGGAUACCUAGCUCCUGAGCUAGCACGAACUAGCAAAGCAACUCCCCUUACCGAUGUAUUUGCCUUUGGCAUGUUUGUUCUUGAAGUCACCUGUGGGCGAAAGCCGAUUGACCACACUGCACAAGACAAUCAACUGAUGUUGGUAGAUUGGGUGCUUCAUUGUUGGCACCAAGGAUUUCUAAAUGAUGCAGUGGAUAUCAAACUCCAAGGUGUCUACAAUAUUGAUGAGGCGUGCCUAGCUCUGAAGUUAGGACUGCUGUGUGCACACCCUUUCAUCAAUAAAAGACCCAGCAUGAGGCAUGUUACGCAGAUUCUCAAUAGAGAGAUGGAACUACCAGAGCUAACACCAACACACAUGAGCUUCAACAUGCUCUCCUUGAUGCAGAACCAAGGUUUUGAUCCAGAGACCAUGACAAACCAGUUUCUAAUAUCAAACAGCACACUAUCUGACCUCUCAGAAGUUAGAUCUCAUACAUGGUCUCCCUAUGAUAUUUAAUUCAUCUCUGUAUUUUCGAGUCUUCGUUUUACAUUAGCAUAUGAUUUCCUGUCAUAUAUAAAUAAAAUGGGGUUGUAAUUAGAUGUGGGAUGCCUAGUUACCUCAAUGCAAUUGCAAGAGCUAAACAAGGUCAAUGCUGCGGGAUUAGAUUAACGUGGCCUUCAACCCCCUGAGGCAGCAAGGCUUGCAGCUGGCAGAGUGGUGGCAGUAUGUCCACUGCUGUUUUCGGACGAGCUACAGGAAAGUGUUCUUCUCCGAAUCUGUGUUUAUGCUGGUGUGUUGGCUAGUUUGGAAGGAACACAAUGCAAGAGUCUUGGAUCAAAAUUUCAAGGUGGUGGAGCACCUUACUGCAGAUAUCAAAGAGGAAAUUUCAAUUUGGAGAUCAGCUGGCAUAUUUCAAUCAUGAGAGGAGUAGCCCUUUUAAAUAUUUUUUUUCUUUUUUCCUCCCUCUAUUUCUUUGGGGAUCCUCUCCCCAACUCGACAGUCUAAUUUCAUGAUCAACUUUGUAACACUCUCCUUAAACCUUAAUGAAAUUUGGUCAGCUUUUUCUUA